AUGCAGAAACAACCUGCCGACCAUCCAACUGUGAGCAAGAACAUCAUGCAGAAACAACCUGCCGACCAUCCAACUGUGAGCAAGAACAUCAUGCAGAAACAACCUGCCGACCAUCCAACUGUGAGCAAGAACAUCAUGCAGAAACAACCUGCCUACCAUCCAACUGUGAGCAAGAACAUCAUGCAGAAACAACCUGCCGACCAUCCAACUGUGAGCAAGAACAUCAUGCAGAAACAACCUGCCUACCGUCCAACUGUGAGCAAGAACAUCAUGCAGAAACAACCUGCCGACCAUCCAACUGUGAGCAAGAACAUCAUGCAGAAACAACCUGCCGACCGUCCAACUGUGAGCAAGAACAUCAUGCAGAAACAACCUGCCUACCGUCCAACUGUGAGCAAGAACAUCAUGCAGAAACAACCUGCCGACCAUCCAACUGUGAGCAAGAACAUCAUGCAGAAACAACCUGCCGACCAUCCAACUGUGAGCAAGAACAUCAUGCAGAAACAACCUGCCGACCGUCCAACUGUGAGCAAGAACAUCAUGCAGAAACAACCUGCCGACCAUCCAACUGUGAGCAAGAACAUCAUGCAGAAACAACCUGCCGACCGUCCAACUGUGAGCAAGAACAUCAUGCAGAAACAACCUGCCGACCAUCCAACUGUGAGCAAGAACAUCAUGCAGAAACAACCUGCCGACCAUCCAACUGUGAGCAAGAACAUUAUGCAGAAACAACCUGCCGACCAUCCAACUGUGAGCAAGAACAUCAUGCAGAAACAACCUGCCUACCGUCCAACUGUGAGCAAGAACAUCAUGCAGAAACAACCUGCCGACCAUCCAACUGUGAGCAAGAACAUCAUGCAGAAACAACCUGCCUACCGUCCAACUGUGAGCAAGAACAUCCAUAGCGGCGGGAAGUAG